GCGCAUCGUCUUUGGGCGCGACUCGAUUUUCUUCGCGCCUGAAUCUGUCUUUCUUUUUCUUUCUUUUUAUUUCUUUUUAUUUCUUCUUCUUUCUUCUUCCCUCUUAUCCUCUCUUUCUCCCUUUCUCUUUGCUUACCCUUUUCUUUCGAUCGAAUCCUUUUCCUAAUCCUUUCUUUCGUCAAUGACAACAAGACUUUUCUCUGUCAGAUGAUUCUAGAAUAAAUACGUUACUUCUUGAUACUUGUCGCUAAAUGUUAAUAAAUUACUAAUUCGAAGUACUCGAAGAACACUUCACACUUGAUCGUUAGAAAUCCGUUAGUGUCAAGGUGAAUGGUCGAUCGAAUUUCAUGUGAAUAGACACUAUUUAUGGAUCGCAUUGGUAUAGUAAUGAAAGGAGCAUUAACGCGCCAUACGGCAUGCUGUGCUAUUAAUUUACGCGGAGCUUUCGAAAAGCCUUGAGGCUGAACGCCGUGCCUCUUUUCUGUCGUAUGAAAUCACGCUAUUUCCACGGACUAACUAUUAUAUGAAAAUUACAUGCUAAAAUUAGUCAUGGAUGAUUACCAAGGGACAAACACAUAGAUGAGAGAUAUAAUGGAAAAAUAUAAAUAAUUACAAGGGAAACUCACGCUUUCUCGACAUAAUCUCGUUUUGAUCCUACGAAUGAUGAAGAUAUGCAAAGUGAAUGGAGUAAUGGUUAAAAACAUUGAAGCACAUUUUAUAAGUGACACGUGUGAAAGGAAAUUUGGAUUAAAAUGUUCAAAGGAUUGGAAAAUUUAUGAGCUUUUAAAUAUUCCAGGACUUAUUUUUAUUCAAAAUCCAUUUACAACAAAUGGUCAUCAUUAUUGGAUCAUAAAGUGUUUAAGGGAUUAUUCAAGGAAACCAAAUAAAAUAAAUUUAGAUGCUCAUAAUAUUUUAAGUAAUGAUGAAACUUGGUGGGACAUAUGUUUCCGAUCCAAUAAUAAUAAUAGAGCAGCAAAUUUGCUCCCAAAGUUACGAUGGGCAACGCUAGGAUACCAUCAUGAUUGGGACACAAAAGUAUAUUCUGAAAAUUCUAAAACACCCAUGCCUAUUGAACUUAUCGAAUUAACACAAUUUUUGGCUAGAAUAUUAAAUUUUCCGAAAUUUAAAGCGGAAGCAGCUAUUAUUAAUUAUUAUCGAAUGAAUUCUACAUUAGCAGGACAUACAGAUUGUUCCGAGCUAAACAUAGAAGCACCACUCUUUUCCAUUAGUUUUGGACAGACUGCUAUAUUUUUGAUAGGUGGUCUUUCCCAAGAAAAUCCAGCAGAUGCUCUAUUUCUACGAAGUGGUGAUAUAUUAGUAAUGGCUGGUAGUUCACGCUUGAGAUAUCAUGGAGUACCUAAAAUUCUAUCAUCUCAAUUGUGUCCUUGGGAUACAAGUGAAACGGAGACUAAUGAAAAUGACUGGAUUUGUGCUAAAAAAUAUCUAGCCGAAGCUAGAAUAAAUAUAAACAUAAGACAAGUAUUGAAAGCUAAUCAAUUGACUUUAUCUUAAAUUAUAAUGGCAAUUGUGUGUAUUUAUGUAAAUAAUGCAUAGGGUGUAAAAAAGUUUAUACAAAAGUGUAUAUUUGUUUUACCUUGUAAAUAUAACUAAUAUCAUAU